CCUUCCUUCAACCGGAAGCGGUUACCAGCGUCACACUCCCAAAAUGGCGAUCAAUCUCGCGGACCUGUCGCUCCCUCAGCUUGAGGGACUAAAGAGCCAAUUGGACCAGGAGAUUGAGUUCCUGACGUCCUCAAUAAGCCAGCUCAAAGUUGUCCAGGCGAAAUAUGUCGAAGCAAAAGAUAAUUUGAAUUCCUUAAACAAAAACAAUCAAGGUAAAGAAUUACUCGUCCCACUUACAAGUUCUAUGUAUGUGCCUGGAACAUUAAAUGAUGUGGAGCACGUUUUAGUGGAUGUGGGGACAGGAUAUUAUGUUGAAAAGAACGUAGCAGAUUCAAAGGCAUUCUUCAAACGUAAGCUAGAUUUCCUGACAAAGCAGAUAGAGAAAAUUCAGCCCGCCCUUCAGGAAAAACAUGCCAUGAAACAAGCUGUGGUUGAAGUCAUGAACAUGAAGAUCCAACAACGACAACAAAGUAAACAGGCUACCAGCACCAAGGCUUAAUCAUGACGACACUUAAAUUAAUGCUUUACUGUGUGUGUGAAAAAGAACUGUAAAAUGUCCUGCACUAACCUUUAUGAAGACUUGUUCCAUGAUUUGGUAAUAAAGAGGCAGUGAACAUUA